AUGACUUUUGGACUAAUUUUUUCUUUAAUUUUUCAACUAGUCCAAUCCCAACUUCUUGUUGACUUGUAUUAUAGUGAUUCAACAAAUCUCGAGUUAAAGUCAUAUAUACAUGCUAAACUCAAUCAAAAUUACCAAAAUCAGAUAGAAGUCAGAUCAAGUCUGAUAAACUCGGUAAUCGAUUUUGAUAAAAUUACGCAAAACCCGGAUAUUAUUGUAGAUUUGACUUUCAGUGAUUCGAUUUUAGCAUAUAUAAAAGAAUUUGUUGCUGAAAACCAUAUAAUUCUGAUUUUAAUUCAAGACUUUUCCAGCUCUUAUAACGACUGACAAUUUUUUAGUCAUUCGUCUCAACAUGACCAUGAAAACGCUCUUAGCUGUUUGAUAUCUUUCUUUAAUUGGGACGAGUUUUUAAUAAUUUCAAACAAUUUGGACCAGAAUUUUCACGAAAUAUUUUCAGUUAAAAAAUUCAACAUUUUCCAUUUUUCAGAAACUAGUGAUAACAAUCUAGUUGGCUUAUUUGUUGGUAAAAAAAUUAAACCGACAGGAAUCAGGAAUUUAGUCAUUUUAAAUGAAGGAGAAACUGCCGGUAAACUAUUGCAAAGCCUUGAAAAUCAAAGCGUUUUGAAAAGCGGAAGUGGGGUUAUUUUAGGGAGUAGAAGCAGCUGGAAUACAAAAUUAGAUGGAGUAAUAGGCUAUAGAGAGUUAGGUUUAGAAAAUGCAACUGAUUAUUAUAGCUAUGAAGCUUUAUCAAUUAUAAAAAUGCUAGAUUUGAUACUUAGCUGUUCAGAUUAUUCAAAUGCCUUAAUUCUUAGAAUGUUUUUAGAAAAGAGCACAGUCAAUCAUUAUAUGCCUGGAAAUUUCACUGUAAUAAAUAUCAAAAAUUCCCAAGCAGUCCCUAUCGGUAGCAUUUCACAAGGCUCCUUAACCAUUUCAAGCAAUCCAAUAUUUCCAGGAAAUUCCACUCUAAUUCCCAAUUCCCCAUAUACAAACGUCUCCAUAUGAAUGGGAGAUGGGCCUAGCAAUCCUCUCGGAUUUCCUGAUAGCCCUUUCAUUGUAGUCAAAGACGGUGAAAAGUAUGCUUUUAAGACUGCAGAAGACACUCAUUUUUUUGAUGGUUUUAAAAUCGUCUUUACCCAUAUAGAUUGCGGAGCUGAAGUAUAUGAGCCGACAUUUUCUAUAAAUUGUUACAAAAAAUUAAUAAAUGAGCCUGGUAUGGUCUAUUUGACGCAUGGAUUCCCAUCGAUAGUAUAUGGGGACAUCAUUUCAAUGCGUACAUUAAAUAUUACAAUUCCUGCGUUGUGCGAGCACGUAUCACUCGGGGCCCUUUCUAAUAAAACAGAAUAUCCUUUAUUUAUGAGAAUCGCUGGGAAUGAUUUUUAUAGAGGCACUGUAUUGGUUGACCUAAUCGUUAUUUUUGGAUGGAAAAAUGUUCUUCUAAUUACAGAAAAUUCUACAAGCAGCUUAUUAACCAGUCAUCAUAUAAAAAGGCGCUUAGAAGCUGUCAACGUUAAUGUUGUGAAUAACCUUGAAAAGACAUUGAUUGUAGAAAAUUACAAUCACAAUUAUUUUAAUGAGCAUAAACAUUUAAUUGCAAGCCUGCUAAAAUACAAAACUCGUCCUCUUAUUUUAAUAGUUCCUCCUCCAUCUAAUAUUUAUUUUUUAGAAGACAUGUAUAAGGUAGGAAUCAGGAGGGGAGAUGUGAUUAUGAUAAUUCCGAGUAAAAUUGCUUUUUUAUAUCCAUUUAUACCUGAAAAAUCUAUGCGUGAUGAUUUGACUGAAAUUUUAUAUGGCGGAAUUUGUACACAAGAAGCUGAGUGACUUGGAGAAUUUGGCAAAAAUCAAUUGAAGGGGUUUUUAAAAGCUUACCCAAGCAUUAAUGUAGAUUUCAGGUGUUUUGCAAUUGAUGCAGGGUGGCUGAUAUUAAAUGCGCUGAAAUUUACAAUUGACCAAGGAGAAGAUAUUUAUGAUCCUUAUGUGUUUAACUCCCACUUAAGGCAACAACGGUUUUUAGGCUGCUCUGGAAUAGUUUCUAUUAGUUCUCAGUCUAAUGAUAGGAAUUCUGCGCCAAUUGGGAUUUAUAACAUAAGAUAUGACUAUGAAAAUAUAAUAAUUCUAAAUAAAUUAUCUAUAUUUUGUUUAUAUAAGCCAUUAAGGAAGAUAUCAUUGAUAAUAAGUAUGAUAUUUUAAGUGAAACAUUAAUAGGGGCUUAUGAUCAGGGAAGUUUACAGCUUUUUACAUUUUAUGAAGACAUGAACUGAUAUUACAAUACAACAAAUAUACCAUCAGAUAUUGUAAAAAGUGAAAAUGGUUGCCCGUUUAAGGACAGUCAAAUUGAAUACUCAGUAAAUGGCGCUGGAAUCUUAUAUGGGAUUGCUUUUGGAAUUACUGUGAGUACGAUGCUUCUAACAUUUUAUAUAUGGAAAAGGUGCUGGAAUGUAGAGAUCAAACCCUUAACAGAGCCAAAGCUAAUUCAAUUUGAAGAUUAUAUAGCAAUGGUUAUCAUUUUAGUAGAUUUUUUUCAGUUUUUAUCAGUUGGGCCAGAUAUAAAGAAUUAUGAUAUUUUUACUUAUACACUCACUCGCAUUUUAUCUAUAACAUUUAUGACUGAAGGCAAGUACCUAUGGAUCCACUUAUAUUUUGCAUUAGGUGGUGUUUGUGCGUGGCUUUUAUUUGGGAUAACUCAUAUUUUUCAUAUUGGGAAAAAUUCAAAUAAUAGCUUAUUUAAUUUUUGAAAAAUGUUGUCGAAAUUUUCAUUGCCUAUUAUUGGAAAUGCACUGUUUUUACCAAUUGUGUCAGUAUUUUUAAAUGCUAUUCAAUGCGACCAACAAAUUGGCUCAAAAUUGACCGAAACUUUUGUGAGAAAAGAUUGCAAUACUUUUUGCUGAAAAGAUUGGCAUAUUUUAUGGGCAACCCUCUCUAUAAUUUGUUUAGUUCUAUAUUUGCCUUUAGCGAUUUAUUUAAGGCCUCAUUGGGAUUAUUAUGAAGACUUUAUCAAUAUAAAAACACGUCCACUUUUUUUGAUGACGAAAAGUGUCUUCCAAGUCAGCAUUAUUGUUCUGAAUAAAACAGUAAAACCACAAAGCCAGGCCCUUCAUGGACUCUUCUACAGUAUUUUAUUAGGCGUUUUUCUAUUUAUUGUUAUAAAAAAGAAGCCCUAUAACGAUAGCUGCAUGAAUCUUUGGCAAAUAAUCUCAUAUUUUGCUAUUUUAUGGAGUGUGGCUUUGUCUUCUUUAUAUUGGAUAGUUCAAGAUAGAGCGAUAGAAAUUUGAAUAACAUCAGAAUAUUUAGGCUGGAUUAUUUUUAUAAUUAUUGGAAUUUAUAUUCAGAAAAAUUAUUGCCCAACUAUGCUUUUUAAUGAGCCUGGUAUAAAUAUUGUAAAGCUGUUUAGGUUUUCAUUAGGGAAAUCUAUAAAAGCUUCUGAAAUCAAUAAAGAUCUCAAGGAGCAAGGAAUUAAAUAUAACUUGCAUUUAAGCAAUUCUAAAAUGUACCUCGAUGCCAGUGGCUCUGCAUAUCAAGCUGUUUAUGGAAAAGAAUCAAAAGUUUUUGAAGAAUAUUAA